CCGCAGCCUGCAUCUGCCACCGCAGUCUGGCCGGAGUCCUGUGCUCUCCUGUACUCUUGGAGAGGCCUAGGGAGACCCAGGAGGGAGUUCAGGUCGGGCCGCCGCUCCAGCCACAAGGAGCGUUUGUGCACAAAGGCGCUGACCCCGGGUGUGGGGCGAGAAGAGAGGCCACCGCCCGGGAGCAGCGCGGAGACUCACGGUGCGCCCUAUGCCCCCGCGCCCCCACCGCCCCCGCCGCGGCAGCCGGAGCGCACCGAGAGGACGCGCCACCGCGGGGCCUGGGUGCAGCUAGCGACCCUUGCCCCCAGCGCGCAGCCCGAGGUGAGCGGCGAGCGGGACGGCAGCGAGGCGUUCGCGGGCCCCCUCCUGCUGCCCGGGCCCGGCCCGCUCAUGGCGGCCAUCCGCAAGAAGCUGGUGGUGGUGGGCGAUGGCGCCUGCGGCAAGACGUGCCUGCUGAUCGUGUUCAGUAAGGACGAAUUCCCCGAGGUUUACGUGCCCACCGUCUUCGAGAACUAUGUGGCCGACAUCGAGGUGGACGGCAAGCAGGUGGAGCUGGCGCUGUGGGAUACAGCGGGUCAGGAGGACUACGACCGCCUGCGGCCGCUCUCCUACCCGGACACCGAUGUGAUCCUCAUGUGCUUCUCGGUGGACAGCCCGGAUUCGCUGGAGAACAUCCCCGAGAAGUGGGUGCCCGAGGUGAAGCACUUCUGCCCUAACGUGCCCAUCAUUCUAGUGGCCAACAAGAAAGAUCUGCGCAGUGACGAGCACGUCCGCACAGAGCUGGCCCGCAUGAAGCAGGAACCCGUGCGCACGGAUGACGGCCGCGCCAUGGCCGUGCGCAUCCAAGCCUACGACUACCUCGAGUGCUCCGCCAAGACCAAGGAGGGCGUGCGUGAGGUCUUCGAGACGGCCACGCGCGCCGCGCUACAGAAGCGCUACGGCUCCCAGAACGGCUGCAUCAACUGCUGCAAGGUGCUAUGAGGGCCGCGCCCGCCCGCCCCUGCCAGCGCGGCCCCCCUCCCGGGCCGGUUCCCUCAAUGAUCCCACCGGACUGUCUGGUGUCUGCCUUCCCGCCCGGCAGCCGUGGCGUGGAGGCUGUGGCCCUGGCGCCGGGAAUCGGCAUGGGAGGCACUGGGCACCCCCUUUCCAGUGUCUGUGUGCGUCCAGCUAUGUUGCACAGAUUCAGGCGCACCGCUGAGUGCCAAGGGUCCCCUGAGCACCCUUGUCUGAAGAGCCAAGCCUCUUUCGAGUGUGUGGCUGUGUGUAUCUUCCGACUUCCCCCUUCCCGUACCACUCCGCCCCCGCCUCUGGUCCCUGGAGAGGAGCUUGGCGCCGGGGUCCGGCCGAGCCCCAUCAUACGUUCGCCCAUAACCAGUGAACGCCUGCUAUCUCUUGUGUGUAACAUAGACCACGGGAACUGCGGGAGGGGAGGGUUGGGGAGGACGGGGUGUUAUAUAAAUAUAGAUAUAAUUUUAUUUUCGGAGGUAGGAUGGUGUUAUUUAAUGGUGGUGGUGGGUGGAGUGACAGGGCGCUAGAACAGCUCCAGCCCAGCCUGAUUCAGGCGCCCAUCCAAGCAUGAACUGGACUUGGUCGUCUUUCCAACCCCUGGGGAAGACAUUUGCAACUGACUUGGGGCUGAGAGGACACAGCUUCCAGACUCACGUCUCCUGCGGGCCAGCCCCAGUGAACACCUCACCAGCCACCAGCCCUGGGCAGCAGGAGGGAGAGUGUGCUGCAGGUUGUUUUUGCCAUAAGCGAACUUUGUGCCUGUCCUACAAGUGAAAAUUGUUUAGUCCAAGAAACUGAUGUUAUUUGAUUUAUUUAAAGGCUAAAUUUUGUUGGGUUUUAUUUUGAAAGAAUUCUUUGCACAAUUAUUUCAUUGUUUGACACUUAAUGCACUUGUCAUUUGCAUAAGACAGUAGCAUUCUGACCACACUUGUACGCUGUAACCUCAUCUACUUCUGAUGUUUUAAAGAAAAGUGAUGACUUAAAAAAAAGGAAAAAGAAACCACUAAUUUUUGUUUUGUUUUCUUGAAAAAAGUGGCAACACUGUUUAGUUAUUUUUUUUGUGCAGGUCUGCACACUAUUUUGAUAAACAGCAGUAACAAGUAUUGGGGCCUACCUAACCCUCCCCCCUCCCUUUUUUUCACAAGACAGUCUCUAAAACUAUGUGAAAUUUUCUCUGCAUCUCUGUACAGAGAAUGAACCUGCCCCUAGUCUCCUUCCUCCCCCCUUCCCCACCCAGUGGUACUUCUACUAAAUUGUUGUCUUGUUUUUUAUUUUUUAAAUAAACUGACAAAUGACAAAGUGGUGAGCUUAUGAUGUUUACAUAAAAGUUCUAUAAGCUGUGUAUACAGUUUUUUAUGUAAAAUAUUAAAAGACUAUGAUGAUGACAUUUA